CUGCGCCACGCAACAGAGCGCUCACUCAGUGUCUGUUUGGUAGUCGGUCGAGAGAGUUGACUGCUUCAAAUUGAUCUUUCCCGGUGGCACGGUUCCAGUAGAAAUGGCCCCAAUUGUAUUGUACACAACUCGCCGGACGCCGGCCGGUCGAGCUGUCGAAAUAACCGCCAAGAUGAUCGGUCUGGAGCUGGAUGUUAAAAUUGUGGAUCUCGUUAACAAGGAACAUUUGACUGCUGAAUUUCUCAAACUCAACCCACAACACACCGUCCCAACGAUUGUCGAUAAUGGAGUGGCACUUUUCGACAGUCAUGCAAUAAUCAUCUAUCUGGUGUCGAAGUAUGGCAAAGAUGAUAGCCUGUACCCGAAAGAUUUGGUUACACAAGCUCGGAUCAAUGCUAUGCUGCAUUUUGAAUCAGGGAUUCUUUUCGCGCGCCUGAGAGGAAUGCUUGAACCCAUCUUCUACAAGGGAUCAGCGGAAGUCCCACAGGAAAAGCUGGACGCCAUCCAUGGAGCUUACGAUCUGUUGGAAGCGACACUUCAGUCGGACUUCUUGGUAGGAAACUCGCUAACCUUGGCCGAUAUUAGCUGCAGCACUUCACUGUCAACUUUGGCCACGCUGUUCCCAAUUGAUGCUGGAAAGUGUCCUAAGCUAGUGGCUUAUUUGAAACAUUUGGAAAGUGCCAUCCCCGGUUACCAAGAGUACAACACUGUCCGUGCUGGAGAAGCACAAGCGCACUUCAAGCUGAAGCUGGAGGAGAACAAAAAGAAAUAAACUCAUAUUUGAAAUG